AUGAUCACCACCCUAAUUACCCACGUUGUAAACCCACUAGCAUACAUCGUACCCGUUCUGUUAGCAGUUGCUUUCCUCACUCUACUCGAACGAAAGGUCCUUGGGUAUAUACAACUCCGAAAAGGGCCCAACAUCGUCGGCCCCUACGGACUACUACAACCCAUCGCGGACGGCCUAAAACUAUUUAUCAAAGAACCAGUUCGACCUUCUACCUCUUCACCUUUUCUAUUUCUCGCCACACCCAUACUUGCCCUUACACUUGCACUCACUCUAUGGGCCCCCAUGCCUAUCCCUUACCCUGUCACAGAUCUUAACCUAGGAGUACUAUUUGUACUCGCACUAUCCAGCCUAGCAGUAUAUUCUAUCCUAGGAUCAGGAUGGGCAUCAAACUCCAAAUACGCUUUAAUCGGAGCCCUCCGGGCAGUUGCACAAACCAUUUCCUACGAAGUUAGCCUAGGCUUAAUUUUACUUAGCGUGAUUAUCAUCACGGGUGGGUUCACUCUUCAAACCUUCAACGUAGCCCAAGAAAGCAUCUGACUACUCGUACCAGCCUGACCUCUUGCCGCCAUAUGGUACAUUUCUACCCUAGCUGAGACUAACCGUGCACCCUUUGACCUCACAGAAGGAGAAUCAGAAUUAGUCUCAGGGUUCAAUGUAGAAUACGCGGGGGGGCCCUUCGCCCUGUUUUUCCUGGCCGAAUAUGCUAAUAUCCUUCUAAUAAAUACACUCUCAGCCGUCCUAUUUCUAGGAGCAUCCCACAUCCCCGCCUUCCCCGAACUAACUGCCCUUAACCUAAUAACGAAAGCUGCCCUCCUCUCCGUUGUAUUUUUAUGGGUGCGGGCUUCCUACCCGCGGUUUCGAUACGAUCAACUUAUACACUUAGUUUGAAAAAGCUUCCUACCCCUAACUCUGGCCCUUGUACUGUGACAUCUCGCACUCCCCGUAGCGCUAGCAGGCCUCCCUCCUCAGCUUUAG